GUCGAAGCUUGGUUUUUGAGAGGCCACCGUUCUGAAAUUCAAGAUGAGAAGGAAGAAGAUGCAAGCCAGCCCCAUCCGUAUCCCAACAGUCAGCAGCGACAACGACUGGGACACUUGCUUCGAUCUGUCCCAGCAAACCAAGACCCCAGCCAGCCAGGAAAUCCCUGAGCUGAAUUCCACAGAUAAUUCUGGAGAGAGUGAAGAAGAUUUUCUAGCCAAGGAGGAAGUCAAGGUCAUGGACUACUUGUCUCAUCCCAAAGACAAACUAGCCCAAUGCCAGAAGAAAAUCGUUGUGCUGAUUAAGGACAAACUGAAUAUCCAGGCAAACAGGGAGCUGAUUCGCUGUGUCAUCCUUUCUCGGAUUGCCUUUGGGGCACAACACUGGAAAUUUGCACAGGCUUUGGCCAACCUGGCGUAUGGCUACCUGACACUGAGAGCCCUCCCAGUUCAGGCCAAGAAACAUGCUGAGUCAGCCAAGAACCUGCUGCUGGCCUGGAAGGGCAACACGCCCUCGAACAAGGAGAAAAAAGAAAUUAUGGAAACGUUGAUCAUGCUCUACUACACGGUUGGAGUGGCCUGGCUCCUGCAAAACCAUGGCAGGGAGGCCUAUUUCAGUCUGCAGAAGGCGGAGCAAAGCAUGAAGGAGCUGGGAGAACUGGACAAGGGCAGCCUUAAUGGACUCCAGGUCUCAGAGAAUGACGUCACCAUCGCUUUGGGCAGCUCACCCUCUGUGACACCACAGAUGGCCUAUUCUAUCUGUGUGUCUGUUUUCACGGAAUUCAGCCCCAGAACCGCGGAGGCGAGCGCGUUGCUAGCCAAAGCUUAUGCCACGGCUGGAGAGGCCCAGUACAAAGAUAUUGUUGAACUAUAUUAUAUAAAAAGUAUCACUGCAUACCAAGCAACAUUGGGCUCAGAGGAUUCUGAAACGCUAACAACCAUUGAAGAAUUUUCCAAAUGGCUUGUCCAAAAUGGAAAAAAGCAGGAGGCUUAUACAAUGAUGAAGGCUCUGUUGAAGUCCCAGGUCAUCAGCCACAGGGGGUGCAGCAAAGAGGUCGCUCAAACCUUUUAUAACUUGGGCAGGAUCUGCUUUGCCAAAGGAGAGCUCCGAAAAGCAAUUCAGCUGCUAAAGAAGGACAAGUCACAACAGCUCAUCGAGGUGGAAGAGAGAAGGCCCUGCCAGGAGGAGGAGUCCUAUAUGCAGAGGCACAGAGGCCUGACGGAGCACAGUCUGGGGAAGCAGGGCUUUCUGCUAUCGGUACAGAAGAUACUAUACAAGACAGUCAACAAUAAAGCCAUCCUGGUUGAGAAUAAACACUCUGGAUCACAAAGUGUAUUUUAUCAACAGUUCUAGCAGAAGAGCAGUUUUUAACCAAGGACUCUAAGUCUGACAGGGAAAACGCCCAUGAGCCGGAAGAGACCAGGAGCCUGGCCUAGGGGGGAAGGAUUGCUUGCUUUGAGUGGCAGUUCCUGGAUGCCAUGACUUUCCAUUUCUCUUUUUCUACCUCUAAUCUCAUUCUUUUCAGCUUGGGUUUGUUGCUGUUGUUGCUGAAUUCUGCGUUGCUUAAGCAGUUUAUUGUCAACAUCUUAAUACACUAUUUAGGACAUGUUUUUGCUCACAACCUGUGUGAGAUCACGGAAAGAUAGCUCUCUGAUGAAAUGUGUGCCCCAUCUGCUCUACUGAAGUUAGAGGGACUCUUGUCAAUGGAGAAACUAGGAACGAGAUUGUUUACAUCAGUUGUUCAGCGCCAGCCUGGUAAUUAUAAAUCAAACUUCCAGAUUGUCGGCGAUUACUGUGAUGGGUAAUAUUGUGUGUCAACCUGACUAGGCUUCCCCGUGGCUUGGCAGAGAUUGGACUAACUGCUCUGUUCUUCCACAAUGCAAUGUAAUGGUUCUACAUUUGGUGAGCUGGUGGGAGCAAUCAAUCAGUUGGAAACCAAUCUAUUUCCUUGGAGGGAACCAAGAUAUAGAAGUUCUAGAGAACACACGCCCACUAUCUUUUCCAUCUAACCAUCAUCCUCUGACAUCUGGUUCUUGGGCAUGUGAGCCAGCAGCCUGCUGUUGGACCUGUAAUGAAGGGAGUAAGGAGAAGCCUCCAGCCUGACUGGGGUUCACAGAUUUAGGACUUGCCAGCAUCAUUUCUCUGAAAUGUUUCUCUCUAUAUUCAUAGCUCUUUCUAGAUUAGGAGCUGCUAUUCUUACCCUAGGAUAUGAUGAAUUGACUAAAGUGUUCUCAGAAGAGUUGCUUCCACUUCCCUAGAAUGUUAAUAGGUUGAAUGACGUCUCACCCCAUACCCCCAGUACGUGCUGUGAAUCCUAACCUCUAUACCUGCGAAGAUUAUCAUCUCAAUUGAGAAUAGGUUGUGUUUUUUAUGUUAAUGAUCCAGUAUUAGUAGUGGGUGUGUCGUGAACAUCUCUUGAGAUCUGAAUGUGGUGAAACAGUGGGUAGAGCCAAGAUGGGUAAGUUCAAUGCCAAGCUACGUGGAGAUCUCCAAGGAACCAGGAAAGAAGCUGCAGACACAAGAACGUCCCAGCAGAGCCGGUGAAGAAAGCCUUUUCCUAGAGCGGGCAACUGGAUUGGGGUUUUCAGCUUUCUAGACUGUGAGAAAAAGUGAAUUCAUUUGUUAGAGCCAAUCACUCGUGAAGGAGCCCUGAUGGGGUAGUGGUUACAAGCUGGGCUGUGUGCGAUCCGCAUGGUAGGCAGUUCAAAGCCACCAGCUGGGCUUUCCACUCCCUUCAAUAGUUAGUCUCGGGUGUCAAUAGGACCAGGUA